UUUACAUCAUUACAAUUAAAUAACUAUUGUUAUUAUUGGUUUAUUUUAUGUCUUUUAUUUGAUUUUAUUUAGGAAAAAUGUCCGUUCAAGAUAAGAAGGUUGAGGAAAUUCAGAUAUCUGAAGAAGAAAAUGAUAAACUUACUAUAAAACCUCUAGGUGCUGGACAAGAGGUUGGCAGAUCAUGUAUUGUUAUGGAAUUUAAAGGCAAAAAAAUUAUGCUUGACUGUGGAAUUCAUCCAGGUCUUCAAGGUUUAGAUGCAUUGCCAUUUGUGGAUCUCAUUGAAGCAAAUGAAAUUGAUUUACUUUUAAUUACCCAUUUUCAUUUGGACCACAGUGGAGCAUUACCAUGGUUUUUACUCAAGACUAAAUUCAAAGGAAAAUGUUACAUGACUCAUGCAACUAAAGCCAUUUAUAGAUGGUUAUUGUCAGAUUACAUAAAAGUCAGCAACAUAGGAACCGAACAAAUGCUUUACACUGAAGCUGAUUUAGAAAAGAGCAUGGAUCGUAUAGAAACAAUAAAUUUCCACGAAGAAAAAGAUGUUGGAGGUAUUCGUUUUUGUGCUUAUAAUGCUGGCCAUGUACUAGGCGCUGCAAUGUUUAUGAUUGAGAUUGCUGGUGUUAAAGUUUUAUACACUGGAGAUUUUUCAAGACAAGAAGACAGACAUUUAAUGGCUGCUGAAAUACCACCUUCAAGGCCGGAAAUUCUUAUUACUGAAUCUACUUAUGGAACUCAUAUUCAUGAAAAACGUGAAGAACGUGAACGACGAUUUACUAUGCUUGUCAAUGAUAUUGUUAAUCGAGGUGGAAGGUGUUUAAUUCCAGUUUUUGCAUUAGGACGAGCUCAAGAAUUAUUGUUAAUAUUAGAUGAAUAUUGGGGUCUUCAUCCAGAACUUCACGAUAUUCCAAUAUAUUAUGCAUCUUCUUUGGCUAAAAAAUGUAUGGCUGUAUAUCAGACAUAUAUUAAUGCUAUGAAUGAUCGUAUAAAACGUCAAAUUGCUGUUAAUAAUCCAUUUGUUUUUAAACAUAUUACUAACCUUAAAAGCAUUGAUCAUUUUGAAGAUAUUGGUCCUUGUGUCAUAAUGGCAUCGCCUGGUGUCAUGGAAAGUGGUCUUUCUAGAGAGCUUUUUGAAAUGUGGUGUACAGAUAGUAAAAAUGGAGUUAUAAUUGCCGGUUAUGUGGUACAAGGAACACUAGCUAAGGCUAUUUUAUCUGAACCUGAAGAUAUUACAACUAUGACUGGACAAAAGUUACCAUUGAAAAUGUCUGUAGAUUAUAUAUCAUUUUCAGCUCAUACAGAUUAUCAGCAAACACGAGAAUUUAUAAACAUUUUAAAACCACCCCAUAUUGUGUUGGUACAUGGUGAACAAAAUGAAAUGCAAAGGCUUAAAUCUGCUUUGGUUAGAGAAUAUGAAGAAAACUCUGAAGAUAUUAAAGUUUAUAACCCUCGGAAUACAGUAGGAGUGGAUUUUUAUUUUACUGGGGAAAAAACUGCAAAAGUUAUGGGAGAAAUAGCCGUUGAGAAACCAGCAGAAGACAAUAUUUUAAGUGGUGUUUUAUUAAAAAAAAAUUUUAGCUAUCAUAUUUUUGCUUCUGAAGAUAUUCCAAGAUAUUCCGAUAUGUUGUUAAGCGAAAUUCAACAAAAACAACUUCACAGAUUUACAUCAUCAUUUACAGUAUUACAAAAUAUGUUGUCCCAUUUGACUGGCAGUGUACCUGAAAUAAUAAUUCCAAAUAAAAAGUUAAGAGUAUUAAACUCAGUGGAUGUCUCCAUAGAUAAAAAUUUUGCCACCCUAGAAUGGACGACUACUCCUGAAAACGAUAUGUAUGCAGAUAUUGUUGUACAAGUGUUGAUGAAAAUUCAGUCGAUGAGUCAAGGGGAUAUGAAAAAUGUGGCAUCAGUUCCAUUUACUGAGUAUGACCAGAUGCAUUUCAAAGAAUGUUUGAUUGAAAUCUUACAAGAGAUGUUUGGUGAAGAAUCUGUGCCAAAAAUAUUUAAAGGUGAAAAGUUGUUUGUUGCUGUUGAUGGGAAAAAAGCUAAUAUUAAUUUAAAAAAUUUGGAAGUAACAUGCGAAGAUGCGGUUUUGCAACGAAUGGUACAAGCUGCCAUAUCUAGAUUACAUAAUACUGUAACGCCUUUAAAUAUCACAAAUACUACAACGUAAUAUGUUCCAAUUUUUUUUUUUUUUUUUUU